AUGGCGAGGAGCAUUGUCGCGGCAGGAAGACUACCGUCGGAGAGAAAGGCGUCGCGUGGCGCCGGCGUCAAGGACCCUCAGCGCCACUUUCUAGUUGCCAGCAUCGUAAAUGAAAGUCACAACAUCGAGAGCAGCUUUCCAGGAAACAAACUUGUCGCCUCAAAUUUCAUGUUUCCACUAUGUAGUCAUGAAGGUGAAGUAGAUGUCCCAGUUGGACCUAUGCCCGGAUGUUAUAGGUUGUGUUGGAGAUAUGGUCUUCUUGAAAAGGUCUACAAGGCACAAGAUGUUGGUGUGAACGGUUUUUUACAAACAAGAGAUGAAGCAUUCAACGACAAUGGUUUGGUACCCCAGGCAAUAUGCCUGCUGAAGGACAAAUACCCUGACAUUUUCAUCUUCUCGUUCAGUCCUAAGUGCUUGUCUGGCUUAUUUGAUAAAAGUUAUCAGAUGAACCUAGCAAAUUAUAGAGAAGCCCCUGUUGAAACUGAGGCAGAUGAGGAUGAAGGAGCGGAUAUUCUUUUGGUAAAACCAGCAAUGCCAUAUUUGGAUGUUGUAUGGCUUCUUCAAGAUAAUUCUGCUUUACCUUUUGCUGCAUAUCAGGUUUCUGGCGAGUAUUCUAUGAUCAAAGCUGGUGGCGCUUACAAAAUGGUUGGUGAAGAGAAGGUUAUGAAGGAGUUGCUGCUGUGCAUCAGACAGGCUGGUGCAGACAUCACCCUCUGUUGGCUUGUAAAGCUGCAAGCCAUUUAUGCACAUGAGAUCAAGGUAGACUGAUGUCAGUCAAAAUUUUUGAACAAGAUUCAUGGGGACACCCCAAAACUUGUACCAGGUUUUAUGUUAAAUUGUUCACCUGUUGCUCGCUGAAACUGUUAGCCAGUGAAGAUUUUAUGCGUUGAGUUGCUCUCUCUGGGGGUGAUCAGAUAGUUGACUGUCAUGCACAUCUCGAAAAUGAUCUUUUUUCUUGAAAAAGAAAAAAUGCCAAAAAAUGAUC